CAAAGUCCCUGGGAACGCCCUCUUCUGUACGUCUGGUUCCAUCGGGGACGACGAGACGAUGAGCAGUUGCGUCGAUGGCGGGGUCUUCAUUCUGACCACUGCGAUCUCUCUUCUUCAGGAGAGCCUUUAUUUUGUGGAAUACUCCAAGGACUCUUCUAUGGCGCCAGGGAUAGACACCGAACCAGUCCCGGAAGAGAACAAAAUGGAGGAUGUACAUCGCUAUAACCCCCAAACAUCCAAUCGAAAGAAGUAUAAUCACAAUAAUUUGGGAUUGAUACAUCUUUUCGUGAUUUGCCUAGAGCUUGUUUGUAAAUCAAGUAUGUGUUUCAGUCUCGGGGGAAGAGACACGAUAUGUCUGAAAGCGCGUUCUUUGCUAUGAAGAGGACUGUCUAUUAGUACAAACACUAUGUCACUUAAAGAUAGAAGACAGGGUCAUAUACAUAACGAGAUUUGGAGCUGAAGAGCCUGGACGCUUAUGGAUAAACGUCUAUGGUAGUGAGUCGUUACGGAACAGGGCUAAGAUAAUAUGUUUGGAAGAAGAGACUUUAUAUCUGGAGUGUUACAAUGGACAGAUGCGUCAACAUAGGUUUCGGG